GCACAAGUCCUUACGGUUACGUCUCUGACGCAAUCACGUCGUUGUUAUGGGCUCCAGGAUUUAAAAUUGGGGCAGAACACCCUCAGUCCUGAGAUGAACUGGGAAAACCAGCUGAGCUCCAUCCUGUCAGCAGCUGAUGGCAGUGUUGCCAAGAUGAAGGAAAGACUGACCACGCCAGGAAAGUACCCUAAAGGUAGAGAAGUAGAUCUCUACCUGAUGAGGGAGGUGGCUGGUGUGUCAGGUUUGGAACCACCUUGCCUCCCUGCUCUGACCCAUCCCUUCAGCUCUCUCCUCCCACCUCCAUCCUCCUCUGCUGUGCAGUGGGCAGACCUGGCAGCUGUCCAAUCACAACUGCAGAUUCAGAGUCAGGCCAUAGAGUCCCUGACCCGGAGUCUCUGUGAAAUGGACAGAGAGCGACACACUCAGCAGCGUCACGUAGAGGCCCUACAAGAUGAGGUUCGCCGGCUGCGUGAGCGGGAGGCGGAGCAGAGGUUGGGGGCGGCAAGCCCCGGAGCGGAGAGAAGGUUGGAGCAGUGGAGGAGGGAGGUGGGCCGUGAGCUCACCUCUCUGAGGGGCCACGUCACCAAGGCCACAUCGCUAGGCAACCUAGAGGAGGGUUUCAGCUCAAAGCUGAGAAGGGAGGAGUUGGAUCAUCUGAGGAGAGAGGUGGACACGCUCAAAACCCAGUUCAGGAGGCAGGAGGAGAACAUGUUUCUGCAGCAGUCAGAGGCCAGAGAGACAAGGAGACAGUAUGAGCGCAGCUGUAAGACCCUAGAAGAACUAACAGAAAGCUACAGAAACCACAGCUUUGAACUAGCUAAGACCGUUUCUCAAUACUCACACACAGUGCAGGAGAUACGACAUAUUAGGGCAACUGUUUCAGAGCUGAAGGAUGAGGUCAGGAGUCUGAUUCUGAGGCAGAGACAACACACACCUACAGUCACACCAUGCAUGGCAGAGUUAGCUGCCAUCUCCCUCCAUAGAGAGUUCAAGGGUCAAAGGGAGAAGCCAGAAUCAGACUCUGAUGACUUUAGCCCCACCCCUAGUCUGGCUGAGAUCAGCUCUGAUGACCUAUCCUGGCUGGACGACAAAGACAGAGUAUCCCGGGUACGCCAGAACACCAGCUCCAAAGUAAAUGAUCUCAAAGAAUCAGGAAGUGGUCUGGACGAUGACGACGACGACGAUGGUCUUGACGAAGAUAACCUUGGGUUGGGAUCAGACAGCCCCUCUGGUCUGAGCCUAAAUGACCUUUGACCUUUCACAGGCUCUGGCACGCUGACCGGUCCAUUCGAUGACAAGCAUUUUCUUUUUGAAAGGACAGUGGUUACUGAGUAGUGGAGACUGAUGUUUAUGUCCAAAAACUUUAUCAAACUCUCGAGUAGACGGUAAAUCUGAACUCCACUUGAGGAAAACACUAUAUUCUAUACACUAUAUAAUUGUCUGUUUUGUUUUCUCCUUAAGCAGUUCCAUCCGUAGGACGUUUUGACUUGUUUCACAGCGAUGACAAUCACAGAUGCUUUUAAGUGUAGAGACCAUGAGCACAACCAUAAUAACUGAAUAUGGUAAUGUUUACUUUGACAAACCUAAAGGCUUAUUAUGCAAGUCGGUCAGAUGGAAUCUUUUUUCUUUGGUACUGAUAACUUCUCUUUCCUGUCACGUCAUUAAGAUUCAGCUCUAAGACCUCUUAUCCCUCCCCUCUCGGGCCGCAAGACAUGUCCUGCUAUCUAACAGGAGCCAGCCCAUUCAAUGCCACCACGGGUUAGAGACCGUUUAGCCAUGGUCCAUGCAAAUGGGCUGGGGAGAGGGGGAAGCUGGGAAAGAGGGCUGGCCAUAGUGAUAACCCCAUUUUAUUCUGGAUGAAUCAGGUCUUUCUGUCACAGUUCUAUCACACAGCCGAGUACCAGAUCUCUACUUGUUUAGGUCACUGUACAGCUUGUGAAACAAAUGUGCUGUGUUUAGGCUUUUGCAAUAAAAGUCUUUAUAAAAAGCUGUAA